AUAUUGCCACUGGCAACCAAAAUAAUUAUCAUGUUGCCGCUCAACCAUUUAUUUGUUUUGUUUCCCUGAAUUCGGGUAUAAAUAAGUUUUAUUUAUUGCAAAUGUUUCAGUUGAAAACGUUCCAAACGUCCCAACUGUCGUGAUUCCUUUCAAUUGGUCUUUAAAAUUUUUCCUGUUCUAUGGCUAGUCAUUUGUGUCCCUUAUCUAGGUUUAAUUUAUGUCUGAUUAUCGAAAGGUGAUUAUGAGUAAAUGAUUCUGUGAUUAUUCUGCCCCUGACCUGGAUAUUCAUAGUCAACCAGUCAACAGUCAACAAAGUGCUUAUGCAUCUGUUCACCAUUAUCGUUACAAAAUCUUCACCAUCAAUGAUAACUCUGCAUGUAUUGCCUUUGAGAUUUAGUUGAUCAUGGUAAAUCUCUUUUGAUCUGAUACUCAAAAUUUAUCUCACAAUCAAAAUGUACAUUUGAAAUGCUACCCUAUUUCACUGCUAUUCUGAAAUCAUUCCAUGGACAAAACAUCAAGCUUACUCUCAAAAUAUAGUGGUCUCAGUUUUUGUUUACUUGCUUAUAGUUGUCGUCUCUGCCAAUCAUUUUAUAUUGUAUAAACAAUAAUUUAUUACUGUCAUUAUUGUUAACCAUUAUCAUCAGCUGGAAGCAAAUGGAUCAAAUGGAUGCAUUGGUGGUCCAAUUGAAACUGUCUGAUCAAACAAAAGGCUUGGAAAAUUUGAUUAACUCCUUGGAAAAACUAUCAAGACUGUGUAAAACCUUGAUACAUUUAGGACCUCGAUAUGAUUGGAAAGACCUUCCUUACAAUGGAUAUCGAAGUAUCGUGAAAUUGUGUAAUUUAUUUACAACCAAUGUUAUUAAACCAAGUUUGAAAAGUAACAAGAUCAACAGAGAAUCACUUGUUGGAGUAGUCAACCUAUUAAUUGCAAUGUCAGAACGAGCUAUAAUUUUUUCCAAGGAAACUCAAAAUCCUCCUGAGAAAACAAUGCAGAAUAUUGCCAGUGAACUCUUCCUUGGAACUAAACAACAUUUUGCAGAUAUCGAGUCUCAUCUCGAGCAUUAUUGGGGAUAUCAUGCUUUCUUCUGGAUGACACCAAGUUCCCGUUGGGUCCCUUACCUGUUUUCCUUAAGCACUGCAUUGAUUCAUAAAUUACCAAAAUCAUUGCUAGCAUCGAUAUCUAAUGAAGAGUAUGGAACUCUUUUGACUUACGCAACCUGGAAAGCAACCCCUUUCUUUCCCAUGAAUGUCUCUAAUUAUGUCAACAAUUGUUUCAGUAGAGCUUACAGCAGUUUACUCUGCAUCGUUAAUGGCGUUGACUUUCAACAGUUGUUGGUUCCAAGGCAAUCAAGAUGGAUAGUUCCAGAUGAUGGAAGUCGAAUCACAAAACCAUUCUCUGAAUCAGUCGACAACAGUUUCCACGAGAAUCUAAGCAACAUUGAUAAAGAAAAAAAUCCAGUUCUCUGUUAUCUUAUGAAAAGCAAAUCUCUCAUACCCUCUGGUGACGUUAUCCUUCAUGCUCAAGGUGGCGGAUUCAUAAUUGAUGCUCGUCUAUUCCAUGAAUCUUAUUUACGUGAUUGGGUUCAAAAAUUGGAUGGAGCGGUUAUUGUAAAUGUCAUUUACAGUCGUUUUGUGCGAUAUCCGUGCGCACUACAAGAAUUUAUCGAUGUUUACUUUUGGUUAACCAAGGGCGGUGAAGAUGUAAUCAAAACCCUUGGAUUUAAACCUCGACGAAUAAUCUGUCUUGGAGAUUCUGCUGGUUUUUUUCUUCUUUUAACUAUGUGUUGUGCUGUUCGGGAUAUUCAAUUGAUCUCUCCAUCGGAAAUUUCUCUUUAUCCUGAAGCUCUCAUGGGUAUCUGUCCUUUUCCUUCAAUAGGAGCUCCGAAUGUUUUCUCAUCCUUUCUGCUCACCUAUGUAGAUUUUUUUCUCUCUCCUUCUUUGAUUAUGCAUUGUAUUUCAUUAUACAGCACAGGAAUUCUGUUCGACUCUGAAUGCCUUGAUUUCGACAAUAACAAUGAGAACAAUGGCUCUGAGACAUCAUCACCGCCCUGGUUGAAAGAAGCAACAGCUUUAACAUUUUUCGAAAAUUUUUAUCAUACUUGGAUCAAAGAAGGUAAAAGUUGGCAUGACUGUGAUCCAGAUGAAUUUCAUUCUCGAACCAACAAGAUAGCAUCUCGCAUACCGUUACCUUAUAUUUCCCCUCUAUUAUCUUAUGAUCUCGACGCUAUUAAUGAUUUGAAAUUAUCCUUAAUCUCAACUGAAUUCGACCCCUGUUUGGACCUGUGCAUUGAAUUAGCCAAGCAGUGGAAAGGAAAAUUAUCAUUUGAUGUGAUCGAAAACAUGGCCCAUGGUUUCUACGGCUAUUAUUCACUUAGCAAUGAAUGCUAUAAAGCAACUGAAUUUUGUUUUAAGAGACUUAAAGACGUUUGUUCAUAACUUUUCACGACUAAUUUAAACAUACCUUUAGUGAAUUUUUUUUCUUCAAAUUCUAUAUUUUUUCUAAAAGCCUGAUGAAAAUUGUAAUAAAUUACUCAAGCAACAAUUGCAAUAUCAAACGAAACUCAAUUUUUAAAUGAUUUAUUCAAAACCAAGCCUAGUUCUUAUAAAGCUUCAACCAUGAUAAGCUCAUUUUUUAUUAACUUUCAAUCACUUGUCAUGUUGUGUGUACAUAAAACCAACUGAUGACGAAAAUUUGCUUCAAGCAUCAAUAAUCAUCUCUUUGAUUCGCUGAAUCAAGGUUCUGAGAAGUCGAAUCUUGAAAUUGAAGGUAAGGAUUCACCAUUUAAUUGGUAAGGUUAUGCAAAAAACUCAAUGAUGAACCAAAAUGAAUGCUGCUCUUCAAGUUUCUAGAGAUGAUUUUCGUGGUGAAGAUUGGCAAGCUUUCAAAAAUCAUGGCUGUUAUUGAAUCCUUGUGAGUUGUCUCAUCUUAUCCUGAAGCGUAAUUUAUUUUAAUUGUGAAUUAAAUGAAAUGUUAUGCUCUUAAUGCUCGUUAGAGGUCACUAGCAAGUUUUUCAAGUUUCUCCAUUUUUUUCAUAUAUAAACUUUCGCGUUUGGUAAAUUGACUUCACUUCGUUGUUAAUCGAUUCACUUAUUAUAUUGAUUCCUCCAUAAAAUACCAAAAAUGAAUAACUUCUAUUGUAUUCUGAUAUUCCUGUUUGUUAUUUCAUCCCUCCAUGAAGUCUGCAACGCCAACAUUUAUGGUUAUAAUGUUACUAUUGUCACCUCAUCGGACAAGGAUCGAAAAUUUGACAGUGUCACUGGAAAAUUCAAAAUUGACAUGAAAGGAAAAGAUGCUGCUGGUAAAAAUUUCAGUCAUUACAUCGUUCUAAAUCCUGAUGGAGAUGAAAUAAAAUUCAAUAAGAGCUACUCAUUCCCAGCUGCUGCACAGUAUCCGAUUGAAAAUAUCACUGACGUUCAUUUGAGAUGGACAUUGAAAUCACCAUUCAACCCUAUCUACUUGAUCAACAAACCCAAAGUUUAUUUCGACCGGAUUACACUUCAGGCUAACCAACUUGAGCGAGGAAUAACUACUCUUUCAACCAGAAUCUACUGUGGAAAAAAGAGGAAGCCAGUAGGAAUAAGACACGACGAAGGUGAACUCUUCGAAACCUGCCUUCCAGUUCCUCUCUACCCGAUCCCGGGACUCACUGCUUAAUCGUGACUAAAAUAUGGAUGUCUGUCCAAAAAUUCGUAUAUCAACAGGGUUAUAAAAGUCACUUCUGUAAUUGUUUAUGCAAUAUCUUAACUGCUUAAUCUAAAAAUUUAUGUAAUGUUCGGGAUAAAUAACAAAACUUAUUACUAAUUUAUUAGUAAAGUGACCAUUCAAUUGUUUAAAA